UCCAUCUGGCGCUGCGAAUUUCCUCCAUUUCUCAUCUUAUUCCUCAAGUGUACAUCCCAAUGAUCACGAAAUCGAGUCCUCAGGGUUUGGAGAAAGAGAUCCUUGAUCUCGAGUAUCGUCUACAGAAUGCCAAAGCUCGUCUAGCAGUGGCCUCCGGCCAGGAGCCGAGCGGAGAUUCAUACUUGCCUCUUCCCCAGGAUACAGCCCCAUUACUUUCCAGUCAUGCAUUAUUCCUACUAUCGGACUCUGCCCUUCCGUUGGGUUCAUUUGCCUAUUCUAGCGGUCUCGAAUCUUAUCUCGCGCAUAAUAAACCUCUUCCUCCAAAGAUCACACCCACUGCAUCCUUCCAUCGCUUUUUAAAACUAUCAAUCACAUCAAUGGCGAGCACAUCAAUACCAUACGUUCUCGCGGCUUACCGACAUCCAGAAGACCUAGAAACAUUGGAUAAUGACAUGGAUGCGUCAACGCCCUGUGUAGUGGCGCAGCGAGCGAGCAUCGCGCAAGGGAGGGCAUUGAUCGGUGUCUGGGAACGGGCGUUCCGAGGGACGUAUGCUUCCGGACCAUUUUCAGCAGGCGUUGCUGCUUCCGAGGCGGCCAAAGCCAUUGAGGAUUUUUCGGACGCCCUGAAGUCGUGUUCUGACGCAGCAGAUGACUUGGGUCCCAAGGGUCACUUUGCACCCUUAUGGGGCAUCGUUUGUCUGGCCAUGGGAAUGGAUGCUCGCCAAACAGCAUAUGUGUUCAUGUUGAACCAUGCGAAGGCAGUCCUAAGUGCUGCGGUGCGGGCCUCCGUGAUGGGGCCAUAUCAAGCACAGGCUAUCCUAGCCAGUAAAGGCCUACAAGAUAUGAUAAUGAACCGGAUAGACCGAGAGUGGGAUACACCCGUAGAAGAUGCGGGUCAAGUUGUACCUCCAUUAGAUCUUUGGGUUGGACGGCAUGAACUUUUAUACAGCAGGAUAUUUAAUUCAUAAUGAAUACAAUUCUAUAACAGCGUGCUGAUUGUUUUUAGAUUUGUCAUGGUUGACAUGACUCCGUUCUGCUGCAUUCUUCGUCUCUUUCCUCGUCCAUAACUUCCAAGCUAAUCCUACAUCACGUGCCUUGCCCGCCCACCCAGAUGCUACUCGGAACACUGUA